AUGAAAUACAUGGAGAAAAAGAACAAUGUGACAGAGUUUGUUCUACUGGGGCUCACAGAGAAUCCAAAGAUGCAGAAAGUCAUAUUUGUUGUAUUUUUGGUCGUCUACAUCGUUUCUGUGGUAGGAAAUGUGCUCACCAUGGUCACCAUCACUACUAGCCCAUUAUUUGGGUCCCCCAUGUACUUUUUCUUGGCCCAUCUCUCUUUUAUUGAUGUUUGCUAUUCCUGUGUCAAUACCCCUAAACUGAUUGUAGAUUCACUCCAUGAAAAGAAAACCAGCCCUUUCAAUGAAUGCAUGGCCCAAAUCUUUGGGGAACAUUUAUUUGCAGGUUCUGAUGUCAUCCUGCUUACUGCAAUGGCCUAUGACCGCUAUGUGGCCAUCUGCAAGCCCUUGCAUUAUGCAACCAUCAUGAAAAGGCAGUUGUGUUGGUUGCUAGUGGGAGUAGCAUGGAUGGGGGGCUUUCUUCAUGCAACCAUACAGAUCCUCUUCAUCUUCCUAUUACCCUUCUGUGGACCUAACAUCAUAGAUCACUUUAUGUGUGAUCUGAACCCUUUGCUCAAUCUUGCCUGCACUGAUACCCACACUCUAGGACUCUUUGUUGCUGCCAACAGUGGUUUCAUCUGUCUGUUGAUCUUCCUCCUCUUGAUUGGCUCCUAUGCGAUCAUUCUGCGCUCAUUAAGGGCCCAGAGCUUGGAGGUGAGGCAAAAGGCCCUCUCUACAUGUGUCUCCCACAUCACAGCGAUCCUCUUAUUCUUUGUGCCCAGCAUAUUUGUGUACAUGAGACCAGCAGCAACUUUACCUAUUGAUAAAGCAGUUGCUGUAUUCUACACUAUGAUAACUCCCAUGUUAAAUCCCUUAAUCUAUACACUGAGAAAUGACCAGAUGAAAAAUGCAAUUAGGAAACUGUGUAGUAGGAAAGUGAUUUCAGGUGAUCAAUAA